CUUGUUGACGUACAACACCCAUAGGCGAUGACGUUUUGCCCAACUCUGCAGCAGCUGGUAAGCGAUUGUGCACGGACAGAAAAAGAAAACACGGCUUAUUAAACACUGAAAUCGACGCUAAAGAGGAAAUUACUUAAAAGCAGAGCUGGUGUGUUACAAAAGGGCUGUGCAAUGUGCUCGGGACUGUAAAUGUGCAAACAGCCAUUGUGUUCGCUGAGCGAGGCAGCCUGAUUCGCCGAUCCCUUUGUGCCGAGAAUGGUUUGUUUGUGUUGACUAGCGAGAGAGCAGUCCGUGGGUCUCGGGUCCACUGCAAUGCUUAGGGGAGCCAAUUAGUUUUGUUUCGCGGCGAAGAAAAAAUAAAGUGGCUUGUCUAAAAAAAAUAUAAAGGAGAGAGACGGAUAAGCACAAGAGGGGUCGAAGAGGAGAUGGGGAAUUGUCUGAAAUCUCCGACCUCGGACGAUAUCUCCUUACUGCAUGAAUCCCAGUCUGACAGAGCUAGCUAUGGUGACGGGACGGACCCCGACCAAGAGCCACCGCCGCCAUAUCAGGAGCAGGUGCAGGUGCCGGUGUACCACCCAACACCAAGCCAAACUCGCCUUGCCACCCAGCUGACAGAGGAGGAGCAGGUGAGGAUCGCACAGAGGAUCGGCCUCAUCCAGCACCUCCCCAAGGGGAUGUACGACGCCGGCAGAGACGGGUCAGAGAAGAAGAUCCGAGAGUGUGUAAUCUGCAUGAUGGACUUUGUGUAUGGAGACCCCAUCCGGUUCCUGCCCUGCAUGCACAUCUACCACAUGGACUGUAUAGACGACUGGCUUAUGAGAUCCUUCACCUGCCCUUCCUGCAUGGAGCCUGUGGACGCAGCACUGCUCUCCUCCUACGAGACCAACUGACCCUUCCCUCCCCUCCACCCCCCUCACCCACCCAGCCCAUCCCCACGCACAGCAGGGCAGGGGGGCACAAGGGUGUGCUGCUUGGAUCACUCACGAGGCCUGCUGGCCAGGGAAACAAAAGAACCAACCAGGAGGAAGACUGUGCCGCAGAGAUGGUGUGUAAACAAAAUCGAGAGAGAUCCCUGGUGAAAAGGACUCCUGUACCGGUAUGUUAGAAGACAUGCAAGAGAAUAAAAAAAAAUAAAAGCUAUAUAAAUAAAAUUAGUAACCGUUGAUAAUGCCUUGACCCCUUCUGGUCUUUUUCCAGUACCAGUGUACAGUAGAAACCUUUUAAUAUUAUGCUUGGGAAUCUUUAGUAAUACACUUAUUGCAUAGAUCAAUUUAAGCCCUUCAGGUAAAAAUGUAUAAUUCAAUGCAAAGCAGGUUUGUUUAUUCACAAACAUUACAAAUAAACAGUAGUUAACAGAAA